UUCUGGGUAAAGGAGCAUAAGGUGUGCAAACUCCAUCAUGGAGCUAUUCGGAGCAGUCACCCUUUUCCUUGUCUUCUACCUAUCUUGCCUUGCCAUUGUAUCAUAUAAGAGGAAAUUAUCGAACAAUGGGAGGCUUCCUCCAGGACCCACUCCUUUGCCUCUGAUUGGGAAUUUCCUACAGAUCAAGUCAUCAGAAAUCUUAAAAUCUCUACUCAAGCUGAGUGAAAGAUAUGGCCCCGUGUUCACUGUCUAUUUUGGAACAAAGCCCAUUGUGGUCUUGUGUGGACAUGAUGCCGUGAAGGAGGCUCUGGUAGACAAGGCAGAUGAAUUCAGUGGAAGGGCCACCAACCCUACCCUGGAACGGUCCUUUGAAGGACAUGGGGUGGUCUUUUCCGAAGGAGAGCGUUGGAAGCAACUACGGCGAUUCUCCCUUGGCGUCCUGAGGGAUUUCGGAAUGGGGAAAAAAUCAAUUGAGGAGCGGAUCCAAGAAGAGGCCCAGUUCCUGCUGGAGGAAUUCAGGAAGACUAAGGAGAAGCCCUUUGACCCCACCUACUUCCUCAGCCAGGCUGUCUCCAACAUCAUUUGCUCCAUUGUUUUUGGGGAUCGCUUUGACUAUGAGGACAAGGAAUUCCGGUCCCUCAUGGAGAUGAUCAACACUUUGUUCCGGGAGUCAAGCUCAAGCUGGGCUCAGUUAUACGACAUGUACGAGAGCUUUCUGAAGUAUUUCCUAGGACCCCCCGCCAAAGUCUAUGAUAGCCUGGAAAAUUUGAGGCUCUUUGUUGCCAAGAAAGUGAAGAUGAACAGAGAGAACUUUGACUCUGACUUCCAACGGGACUUCAUCGAUUGCUUCCUCACCCAGAUGGAAAAGGAAAAAAACAAGCCAGCAAGUGAAUUUAAUGAAAGGAACUUAGAGCUCACUAUCCAGAACCUGUUUGUCGCUGGAACAGAGACAGUCAGCUCCACCAUAAGAUAUGGGUUUCUGUAUCUAAUGAAACAUCCUGAGGUUCAAGCAAAAAUGCAUGAAGAAAUUGAUAAAGUGAUUGGCAACAAUCGUGUCCCAAACAUUGAAGACCGGAGCCAGAUGCCAUACAUGGAUGCUGUCAUCCACGAAAUACAGAGAUGCAGUGAUCUCGUUCCCAUGGAUUUGGCCCACAGGGUUAUCCGUGACACUGAAUUCAGAGGAUACCUCAUCCCUAAGGGGACAGAAAUCUACCCUGUUCUCAGCAGUGUCCUUCAUGACCCAAAAAUGUUUAAAAGACCCUUUGCUUUCGACCCAGAGAAUUUCCUGGAUGAGAAUGGGCGUUUCAAGAAGAAUGACGCCUUUGUCCCAUUUUCCUCAGGGAAGCGGAUCUGUCUUGGUGAAUCCUUGGCUCGCAUGGAGCUCUUCCUCUUCUUCACCACCAUCCUGCAGAACUUCCUCCUGAAGCCCAUUAUCCCCCCUGAAGACAUUGACCUCACUCCUCUGGAAAGUGGCUUGAUCACUAUCCCACCCAUCUAUAAGCUCUCCAUCAUCCCACGCUGACCCAAAGGUCACAUUGUCUACAGCCAUUGAUCUCUUACACUUGCUGAAUCCCACAGCUCUUUAGUGGAGACCCCAUAAUCUGUUUUCUGCUGAAUACUCUAUGUAGAGAAGGAGGAAACUUGUGAUUCACUUCAGACCAAGACAUAUGCUUUGAGCCUGAAAGACUGUCAUGUUCUCUUCUCUAUAUUGAUCUCUGUACCAAAAGAAUGGGGUAAAUCUUGAGAUAUAAAAUGUAACAACAAUAUAUUCAUUAAAUUAGAUUGAUCUGCUGUCAGUGGAUCUUUGUGGCCACUGUCUAGCUUCCAGCUGGUUCCUGUGCUGCCUGUGUAGGUUACAAUUCUUACAGAGGCUGAAUCCCACAACUCCUCAGUCAAACCCCCAUAUUCUAUUUUUUGCCGCAUGAAAAGAGUGAAGUUUAUGAUUCGUUGUGGACUAAGACAUAUACUUUGAGUCUAAAAGCCUGUGAUCCUAUCUUCUCUGUUUUUAAUUUCUGUACCUAAGGAAUGUGUACAUCUUGAAAUAUAAAACAUACAAACAAUACCUUGA